UGGUGGACUGGCAGUGGUGCCAGAACGUACAGGCAUUAGUAGCAGUGCCACGGUGACUCGGUGGAGCACUAGUGGUGGCACUCUCUGCUAGUCUCUGUCUCGUGCCUCCAUAUCCUUCCUCAUCACCUGCCAGCGGGUUUGCUCCUGAAUCCUUUAAUUUUAAGGCAUGGCAUCGUUGGACAAAACAUAAGAAACUAAGGACUAAACAACCUUUUCUAUUGAUUUAUUGAGUUGUUGCAGAGUCGAGGUAAUAUGUCAGAUGUCCUACAAAGGAACUAGAACGUUAAGAGGGAACAAGAGUGUUAUGUGCGCAUAAGUACAUAACUGUAUACUGUUGGUUUUACCACGCCCACCUGCCGAGCGGGUUGACAACCAACUGACCUUGAUGAGUGGAAGCGAGGACUGGACAGGGCAUGGCCACUCCCACCGGUCACGCCCUGUCCAGAGGUCACCCCGCUACGAGGAUCCCUGGCAGCCACGCGCCUCUCACGCCCCUACCCUUGUUCCUUCCGUCUCCACCACCCAACAGCCUGUCUCUCCAGGACUCCAGACAAGGACACCUUACUCCCUCUCUCCUGCAGCCCCCACAACCUCACGCUCUCUCUCCCCUCAUCCUCCACCCGAAACUUCUCAUGCCACCCUUUCUCCCCAGUCUCCGGAUAAACCUCGUUCCCUUUCUCCUCAACCUCGCUCACAAUUGCCAUCAGGAAGCGUCUUCUUUAAUACUAUCAAAGCCUCCAGAGAUAGAAAUAAACUCUUAGCGGAAACCAAUGCCCGUAGAAAUCCUUCAGAUGGCAAAUUGGACCUCGGCAAUGUUGUACUGUAUCUCCAAGGAUCUGUGGAUGCAGAGGAUAGCACUUUGGAUCCCCAGGUGGUUCAAAGACAUUGGCGGCAAAAGCAACUAAGAAGACAAGAAGUGCAAAAACAACAGGAAGAGCAGGAGAAAAGGAUUAAAGAACGAAGACAACAAAAACAACAAGAACAACAAAAAAUACAACAACACCAACAGCAACUCCAGCAACAAUUGCAACAUCUACAAAAUCAACAUUGGCAACAACAAAAAAAUCUUCAAAAGCAACAACAAAUGCAAGCAUCUGUCCUUAAGAAACAACAAGACAAUUUCCUUAGAGCACAACGGCAACCAAUCAACCAAAAGCUUCUCUACCAGCAGCAGGCUGUGAAACAACAACUGCUUCAGCAACACCAUGUCCAGCAGCAGCAACUUCUCUACUACCAAGGGCAGCAAGCCCACUCACUGCAACAACAGCUUUAUCAAGUUCAACAGCAACUCGUCAGCUUUCAGCAACAGGAGCUACAACUACAGGAGGAGGAGCGACAACUUCAAGAACAAAUGAAACAAGAAAAAUUAAGGCAGGAGGAGGAAGAGCGUCUUGAGGAAGAGAGGAAGGAGAAACUACGAAUAGAACAAGAACUUAAAAAACAACGUAAUUUACAAAAAGAAAACAAUAACGCUGACCAUUUUGCUAACAUUAACCAGCUCCUCGAUUAUGCGCUGUCCUCUAGUGAGCUGGAAGGUGAAACAACACAAGACGAGAUGCGUGCGGGGUAUUUGGAACAUGAGGAGAAGGAGGAAGAGGAGGAGGAGGAGGAGGAGCAUGAGAGGAUGAAAGAGAAUCAAGAUGAGAAAAAACAAAACAAUGAAAUAGCAUUAAUGUCUUCAUCACCCUCAUACUUAAAACCUGAAGCAAACGAAAAUCUGGAAGCAUGUGUAAGCAGAAUUCGAUCUUUCAGCUCCAGCAGCAUUGCACCUGAGGACAUCAGUGAUAAAUCUGAAUACACUAGACUCCGGCGGAAAUCUCUUGGACUUAGCAAGGGCCCAUCUGGACUGAAUCAUGGGCCUUCCCAGUUACACCUUGGACCAGCAGGUCACCAGAAAGGUCCAGGAAAUCUGAGUAAAGGUCCUGCCUUGCUAAAUAAAGGUCCUAAACAUUUGAGCAAAGGACCACUAGAAAUGCACAAAGGUCCAAGUUGUAUAAGUAAAGGUCCUGCCGAUAUCAAUCAAGGACCGUCUGAGAACACAUCAGGCCCCUCAGGGUUAGAUAAGGGACCUAGCAACCUCAACAAAGGCCCAUUAACAAGUACUGUCCAUCCUAGUUCCUAUAAAGGGCCUUCUUCAUUAGCCAAGGGACCAGCCAAUAAAAUACUGGGUCCAGCAAGUUCAAGAUUACCCACUGAACACAUCCACUAAGUGCCGUUGCGGCAAGUGGAUUAACGAAUACACUCCAAGGUCUUCAGAGUGCCUUCACACAAAUGUGAAGGGUGGUUUAGAAAUAUAAGUCACAUUUGCAUGCCUGUUUUGUUUAUAAUAUAGUGCAACAUUUACUAAUUAUACAUUCCAUAUUUAAGUAUAAUCAUGAUUGUAUAUGUUUCUUACAUUGUGGAGUAGUAAUAGUGUUCUACCACUAAAAUGUUGGGAGAAAACUAGUAUAUGCACAACUUGUAAUAUAAAUUUCACCAGCCUUUCCAAUCAAAUAAUGUUGAUAAAUGCUUGUAACAUAGUACAUAUAUUCACUGGCAACUCAGUGGUUGUAUUAAAAACUAAGUAUACCUCUGACGACUUUUGAGGGAUGGACUGUGGACGACAUCGAUAUUACUUCAGUGAAGAUUCCGUGUUACCAAGACAAUUAAGUGCCUCAAUUCUUAAUCAUCUAAAAGUGUAUAAGAUAAAAAAUGAAUAAAUAAAUAAAGCAAAAGCAAAUAUGAAAACCUGUUGAAGGUGCCUUCCCAGAAAUAAAUUUAUGCACAAAAUAUU